UGUUCAUCGACUUUACUGUAACCUGCUUGAAGCACGACUUGAAGAGACUUGAGCAUAUUGUUCGGUGUCCUCCUCACGUCAAAGAUCUGGUUUCAGCUCGUCCAUAUUUGCUCAUCGACUGCUGCAUCCUCAUGUCGGACGUGCCUUCGCUCCCUCGCCUCAAUCGGAGUGGACAUGCAAAGCUGGCCCAGCUAUGUUUAUCCGGACUGCCGUUCUCCCAGAUUGAAGUGGACUCUUCCCGACUAGCCGUGAUAUUCUACUGCUUGGGCACACUCGACCUACUUGGUGCUCUCGAAUCCAGAAUCCCAGCGACAGAGCGCGCCCGCUGGCGAGAGUGGAUCUGGGAGCAACAGACACACGGGAAGUAUGGCACCGGCUUCCGACCAGGUCCCUACAUGACUCCAGAAGAUCACACCGCGGAGACAGAGUACACUGAAUAUGACGUCCCUCACCUGAUCGUGACCUACACAGCCCUCCUCUCCCUCGCGAUCUUACGGGACGACUUCACCAAGCUGGAUCGUUCGGGCAUACUGAAGUUCGUUCGUUCGUGUCAACGAGACGACGGAAGGUCGGUUACCCCCAGUAGCCCCGUCGUCGUUGAAGCUAACAGCCAUUGCUGUAGCUUCUCUGCUCUUCCCAAUGGCGGCGAAGCUGAUCUGCGCACGGCAUACUGUGCUUUCGUGAUUUGUAGCCUCCUUGACGAUUGGUCCGGGAUGGACGUUGAGCGCGCUAUUGCGUAUAUCCAGCGAUGUAGUAGCCACGAAGGCGGGUACGGCCAGACACCCGACAGUGAAGCUCUGGGAGGUACCACAUACUGCGCCCUAGCAUCACUCAAACUCGCGCCCACAACGUCAACUUCGCAUCAGGAGUCGCGCAUCGCACCUGCUGCACGCCUUCGCACGAUCAGAUGGCUUACAGCGAACCAAUCGUCCUCCGGCGGGUUUUGCGGGCGAGCGAAUAAGAUCGCCGAUGCGUGCUACUGCUUCUGGUGUGGCGCUUCUCUGAGUAUACUUGGUGUGGGCGACUUCGUUGACAGGGCCGCGUUGGCAUCCUUUCUUGGACAAUGUCAGUUCAAGUUUGGCGGGAUAGCCAAAGCGCCGGGUGAACGUGCCGAUCCUUACCAUACGUAUCUAUCCCUCGCGGCGCUCGCGAUUUUCCGACCAUCAGGCGCAGACGAAAGCUGGGAGCUCCCCCAACUUGAUCCGCUAUGGAAUGCGACACAGGAGACCGCCGGGUGGGCGCGGGAGCAUGUCCCUGCGAACACACCAAGCUCAUAGCGGAGGUACCAGUCUUUAGGCUGGCGGAAUUGUUCCGCGUAGGUGCUAGAUGACACGAAGAUGCUAGAUUAUAUCGGUACAAUUAUCUACAGAUGUAUCAACGUCCGUUG